AUGGCGUUUUGGUGGAAGAAAAGUCCUAAGUCUCCUUCGGAUUAUGCAAAGCUUCUUUCCGAGCAGUUGAACAAAUUCGAAACCGCCUCUACAGCCGACAGCAGACGCAAGACGCAAGACGAAUGUAGCAAGUAUUUGACUGGGACGAAGCAUUUCAUGUUGGGCGAAGUGGAUCCUGCUCCGAGCACAGAGUCCCUCGACGAGUUGUUCGGUGCCAUCUAUCACACAGACUUGCUGUAUGACCUGCUGGCGCAUCUCACGGACCUUGAUUUUGAAGCUUGUAAAGAUGUGGCGCUGAUCUUUUCAACUUGUUUGAGGCGAUCCAAGGACAACAAGCUUGUCACAGUCGACUUUCUCGUGGCCAGACCCCGAUUCAUAGCACUCAUGUUACGGACCACAGAACUCGCGUUGGCCAAAUCUAAUUCCAACGAUCUUUUCCUUACAGUGGGAUCGGUAGUACUUGAAUGCGUUAAGUAUGAGCAAUUGUGUCGCUUGAUCCUCAAGGAUCAACAGAUGUGGAAAUUCUUCGACUACGCAAGACAGGGCUCUUUUGAAGUAAGCACGGAAAGCUUGCAAAUUCUAACCAACACCUUUACCUCGCAUCACAAACUGGUUUCAACCGAGUUUUUCAGUCAACCCGUGCUUCUGUCGCGUUUCAUCAGUAGACUCAACAAACUCAUAGCACACGGGAAUUACGUGACCAAAAGGCAAAGCAUUAAGCUACUUUACAACUUGAUCAUGGUAAGAGCUUACAAUCAACUUCUCACGUCCUACAUUAAUUCACCUGAAAAUUUGAAGCUUAUCAUGAUACUUUUGAGCGAUCGCUCCAAGAAUUUACAAAUAGGCUCAUUCAACGUCUUCAAAGUGUUCAUCGCUAAUCCUCGAAAAUCCAAACAGGUUCUUGAUAUUUUGAUCAAAAAUAGAGAAAAGCUGCUUCAGUAUUUCGAGAAUUUCAACACUGACAGUAAAGACUCGACGUUUCUGGAUGAAAAGGAUUACGUUUCUCAAGAAAUUGAGGCAUUGCCCCGGCUUGUUUCCUCUGGUAGUGAACCUUACCUGGGCUCGUCCCCUCAAAAGAACCUGGUUAACUGA